GUGUAAUUAUUGUUUUUUCGUACUGCAACCUGUGGGUAGAAAAAAAAGAAAACAACUUCAUGCAGGUUUCGCGCAUAAUGAAGAGCUCGGUAUUAAAUUUGUGUUUAUCGUGUUUAAACGCAGGCCUAUACGUAUUUACACGAGUGUUUCUAAUAAUAUUAAGUGCAAGUGUGUAUCAAGGAUUUGUUCUGGCUGAAGUUUUGUUAAAUAAUUCAAAUGUGUGGUAUCCCAAAUGGCUGUCGGAUUUAUUGGAAAACAUACACGUUGUUUUGUCCAAAAUAACUGCUUUCUCGCUGAGAAGGAUCACGGUGAAGGUCGUCAUGUUGAACGGAUUCGUGCGUUGGAUCCUGGGAUUCCUGGUAUCCCUGCUGGCGAUUAUAGUGUGGCCUGUCACUUAUUUGUUAAACAUCAAACGGAACCGAAAAUGUCCGCCGCCUGUAAAUCCAAUACUAUUCAAAUCCGCCACCACAUUGGCCAUGAUGAUCAGGAAUAGACAGAUCACCUCCGAAGAACUAGUGGAAGCUUACAUAGAACGAUGUAAAGAAGUAAACCCUUAUUUGAACGCCGUAGUUGAACCCCGGUAUGACAUGGCACUGAAGGAAGCGCGAUGUAUUGACAAAAUGAUUGCUUCAAACGACCGGACACCAGACGAUCUUGCCAAAGAAUAUCCUCUACUGGGUCUACCGAUGACUGUUAAAGAAAGUAUAGCGCUAGAAGGAAUGAGCAAUGACUGCGGAACAGUGUUCCCGUACAGAAAUCCCGCUAAAAAGGACGCGGAUAUAGUUCGCUUGGCGAGGGCGGCUGGUGCCAUACCCAUCGCUGUCACCAAUACCCCACAGCUGUGCAUGAACUGGGAGACAUACAACAACGUCACCGGGUUGACUAUGAACCCGUAUGACCAGAAACGAACUACCGGUGGAUCUUCUGGAGGAGAGUCAGCGUUAAUUGCGUCAGCAGCCUCCCUGAUGGGGGUAGGAUCAGAUAUAGCAGGAUCGUUGCGACUGCCGCCGAUGUUCAAUGGAAUCUUCGGACACAAACCCACACCAAGGUUACUUUCUAUUCAAGGUCACACACCAGAUUGCUUAGAUUCAGAGUUUGAGGAAUACUUUGCCCUUGGUCCCAUCACGAGAUACGCAGAAGACUUAACAUUGCUUUUAAAAGUUCUGAGGCAACCGAAUGGGCCUGACGUACCUUUAGACAAACCCGUAGACCUGACGCGGCUCAAGUUCUAUUACAUGGAAGGUGACAACAGUCAUGUAACUAAUAAAAUUGGAUCAGAUGUAAGAAAAGCACUAGAAAAAGCCAAAGCCUAUAUAAAAUCAACAUACAAUACAGACGUUAAAGAGCUGAAAAUACCCAACGUAGAACACAUGUGGGAGAUAAGUGUGAGAGUUCUCUUCAACAUUCCACACGUGCAAAACAUUUACACGGACCCACAGAAACGCGACCAGUGGGUGUCCGUGUGGCCCGAUGUUCUAAAGAAAAUGGCCGGCCUAUCGAAUCAUUCGUUAACGAGUGUCGCCUAUGGCCCAGUGAAAAAGUUUUUCGACGCUUUACCAAAAAGCUAUUACAAGAAUUUGCUGAGGGUUUUCGAAGAGAUCAAAUCAGAUUUCGAUGAAGCUUUAGCCGACGAUGCAGUAUUAUUAUUCCCUACGUUCCCAUAUCCAGCGCAUCUACACUAUAGAAUAUUUUACAAGUUCCUUGAUUGUGGGUACUUGACAAUUUUCAAUGCGCUGGGACUACCUUCAACCGCCUGCCCGCUGGGGCUUACAGAAAAAGGCUUGCCUGUGGGAAUACAAAUUGUUGCAAACAAAUGCAACGAUCACUUAACAAUAGCCGUAGCUAAAGAAUUUGAAAGAGCUUUUGGAGGGUGGUCACCGCCGAACAAAGAACUUUUAAACUGUAUAAAGACUGCGUAAUGAUAAAGAUAGAGUUAAGCACUGAACUAAGAACAUACAAAACCCUCAUUGCAUGAACUGCAUUAUGUCCAAAAACUGCGAAAACGCCCCGCGCAUGUCUUACAUCGCACCCGCGUAUUGUUGCUAGCUCACAAACUUUUCCAUUUUCCUCAUUUUAUGUUAAACGUUUAAAACUUUAGCGUUAAAAUAAUUACUGUCAACUGCUAAAUGGAAAGUAACUAAC